CAGACGGAAGUGACCUGAGCUGCUGUCCUGUGAUUGGAGGUGUUGGGACAGGUACCAGGACGGAAACGCGUCACCUGAGCUGCGCAGGUAAGAGGAGGAGGAGGAGGAGGAGGAGGUCUGCAGAGGGUGAGAACAACGCGGAAGAGCAGAAAAAGCUCCAGAAACAAACAGAGAGAUCCACGUUUUAUGCAGCUGGACGGACAACAAAAACAUUUUCAUGAUGACCGUGUGUGACGGCCUCUCCCGCUGUAAACUGGCUCUGGCCUUCGCUGUGUUGAUGGACCUACUGGGAGGAGCGGCUCUGCUGGUGGGAGUCUUCGCCCCCCUGGAGAUCAGAGGACGGGACUUUGGAGACUUACUGGUCUAUACUGGCGCUCUGUUCGUGCUGAUGUCUCUGGCCGGUUGGGUUUUGUGGUACAGCGGGAACAUCGACGGUCUGACCUCCAAGAGGGAGCUCGGACACAUCAGCAGCGCCGUGGACCGGCUGGCCCGCAACCUCAGCCGCAAGAUCCGCACCUACAGGGGCCACAUCUGAGCCCAACGGACAGCAAGUCUGACCACAUUUCAGAUUAAGAGCCUGGAGUCUCCUGUGUUUGUCAGUAUUAAUAUGAGACACAAACAUUUAUUCAAACUCUUAUUGUUACAAGCACGUCAGAAAACAUUUCAGCUACAGUUCUGUUACGUGAUAUUAAUGUUUUAUUAUGAUUAAUAUUUUUUUUUGGUGUUUUA